CAGCAACGAAGCGGUGGCGCUGGUGGCAGUGGCAGGCAGCGGUCUAUCGGCUCCGAAGCAACUUGGGCUGGUGCGGUCCGUGCGGAGGCACACCGGUGAAGGGGAGCGGCUCGGAAACACGCCACCUGCCUCCGACUGGACACUUUUGGCACAAGUCCCCCGAGAUCGAGGAGAAGUCGGUGGUGGAGGAAGUCGCGAUACGUCCUCUCUGGGUUCACGGAGUAGUGGUGGGCGCUAGGGUUCCGGAUGCAGCACUAUAAUUUGAGGCAGGCAACCAAUUCUUUUAUUGGAGGCUCCCUCCACGACCUCAACACUGCCGACUCGAACCCCGGGGAGAUAGAUGGCAUCAGAGAUGUGGAUCGCGACCCCGUGGAUGAGGAUAGCCUCGACAACGACGACGAGUCUAAUUCCGUGGUUUGCGUGCAUGACUCUUAUAGAAGUUCGAUUCCACUUCACGGUGUUGGAGUGGAUGACGAUCGGUCUGCACUUGAGAACAGUGGAAGAUCACCAAGUCCGUCGUAUAACUUACUUACCCAAGAAGAUAUUUCACCAAUUGCAACUGCAAGAUCCAGGUUUUUGCAGUUUGUAGUUGAUCAUUUUAUUGAUGAGCAUGUGAUUGAAUCUGGAGAAAGUUCAGAUGUUUCAUGCUAUCAGGGGAAUGAGAAGCUUGGUAAAAGGAAGGAACGGGAAGUUCAGUAUGAGGGUGAUCCAAGGUUUGACCUGCCGUUGAUGUAUGUUGCCAACUUGUAUGAGACCUUAGUUAAUGAUGUCAAUGUACGUCUUGCUUCUUUGGAUGGUAUCCGUGAGAAGAAUAUUGGGAUUGCUUUAGAAACAGCUGGUGGAUUGUAUAGAAGAUUGGCUAAAAAGUUUCCUCCAAAAGGUCCUUGUAGUUUUAGGAGAAGAGAACUAGCUACAUCACUUGCAACAAGAAAUCGGUUUCCUGAGCUUGUGGUACAAGAAGAAAAGCGUGUCCGCUUUGUAGUUGUAAAUGGUUUAUCAAUCAUUGAAAAACCAAGCCGCAUAAACAUAGAUGAUGUUGAAUGGUUUAAGCGUUUGACUGGACGGCAUGAGGUGGCUAUUUCGGCAAGAGAUUAUAAAUUUUACUCCCCUCGCCAUAAGUACAAGAGAGGUGCUCCUCAUCCUAUGUCCAAUAUUCCUGGGCUAAGUGUGAUGUCAGUCACAGAGAGCUCUUCUCCGGUGCCUAAUGCUAUUGGAUUCCGUCCAGUGACCGGGUCUCAGAAUCAUCAUGAGCCGUCAUCAAAACAUCACUUACAACAAUCACAACAAUCAUCUCCAUUUCUCCCUCUACACCAGGCUCAUCAUCAGAGCAUUCAACAAAAUCAACAUUCUACCCACUUUUCCCAUAUGUGCACUCACCCGUCGCAUGUACAUGAUCUAACUCUCCAGCAUCAGCCACAGACAAUGACUCCUCAGCUAGCUUGCAUGCAGUCACUAUCCGGUGGUAAUCUUGGAGAACGCUUGCAUGUGCUGCCGACAAGCCCGGCAAAGUUCUGCGAUGAAUGUGGCACCCCCUACUUUAGAGAGACAUCAAAAUUCUGCUCAGAAUGUGGCACGAAGAGAUUAGGGGUGUAAUGUAUCAACACCAUAGUUUCUUCUCCUGUGUCGUUUUUAAUGGCAUUUUAAUGCACAAAUAGCCUAUGAGACGCUUUUCUCAGGUAUGGUUAUACGAGCCUAUGAGAAAGCUAUGCAAUUGACAUGCUAUAUUAAAUGGAGUUAUGCUUGGGCAGUGACAUAUUAAGAAGUGCUUAUAUUUCUAUAUGGUUGUAGUUAA